AUGACAACAAUGCAUGACACGCCACUUCUAAGUUCCAAGCAAUGCACCAUUUUCUUCCGCGUUGCAGAGUCUGAGACGGCUGAGGCGAGCAACGUGUCAGCACGGGGGGUGUUCGUGUUCCUCCUGCCCUCUCCGGUGCUCUGCCGCCGCCCCACUAUGCCGAUCCCAUCCCACUUGCCGACGCCCACACUUCCCUCAUGGCGAAUAUACAAGGACAGCCCCGGACGGACACGUGAUUUCACAAAAUCUGCUUCGUCGUGCAGUAGGCGGCUUCUCCAUCCAGCCCAGACCCCAGAGUCACAGUCGGGGAUCGACAUAAUAAGCGACAGGAGACGGCAUGGCUGGCUGCGCUGCGCCGGCGACGCCAAGGUCGUCGCUGAUCCUCCCGCGUGCAUCCUCGCACUCCCAGCCCAGCGCUGUCGGCCUCACCUCCGAUUGCGUCGCCGCCUCCCGUCGCCGGCGCCGCGAUUUCGUUUUCGUCGUCAACCCCUCCUGCGCCAAUGGCCGCACGGGAGGAAAGCAGUGGAAGCAGUUGCUGCCGCUCCUCCGAAGUCCGAACCCGUCUCGCUGACCAGUGCAACAUUUGCGAGUGCAUCACAAGGGAUAUUCACAAGGGAGGUGCGCGUGUGUUCCCUUGUCACAAGGGAGGCUAUAAAGGAUGGGGCUGAUGCUGUGAUCGCUGUUGGAGGUGAUGGUACGCUUCAUGAGCUCAUUCCACUUGGAACUGGCUCAGAUUUUGCUUGGACAUUUGGCUGGACAAAUGAUCCUCGUGUCGCAAUUGAUCGAAUUGUGAGAGGUUUCUUUCUUGAUACCUUCUUUUUAUUGUGUUUGAUUAAAGUGCUAUACUGCUAUGUCUGCCUUUAAAUGUUUUUUUAUGGAACAAGCAUGCCUUUUUCCUAUUAAGGGCUAGUUUGGGCAUCCCUGUUUUUCCAAUGGAUUUCCAUUUUUUCCAAUGGAAAUUAGUUCAUUUUCCAUGAGAAAAUAAGAAUUUCUUGAAAAAAUAGAGUUGUCAAACUAGCCCUAAAGUUGUACAUACUAUGCUUUAAACAGAACCAAGCGAUUGUUGUAUUCUUAGUUUAAGAGAAACGAUAAACUUCCUUCAGAUCAAAGGCAUUCACCCAGCUUUAUUAGAAAGCUCAACAAAGACCAAUGAUCCAGUGUUGGGGAAUCCAGCUUACAGAUUUCAAGAAGAUCUUAGCAAGCAGCAAGUCUAGUACAUCUACUCCUCCUUCAGCUACCCAGAAAACAAACGAACAGUCUGGCAAAGCCACUCAAAACAUCCGAGUGCUAUCUUAAGCUAGCUAUUGGCAUUUUAUCGAGCAUAUGUCCCACCUUGUACAUUGAUUUAGGCUUCAGAAGAGGGGACUUGGUCUUUAACAGCAUCAUUGUCUUGUGGAAAUUAUAUGAAUUAUCUAAUCCACUAUAUUUUUAUGUCAUCACAAUUUAAUCUUUUUU